AUGAAUAAAUAUUUCUUUCUUAUAAUUCUUCUUUUAAUAACAGUGUUAUCUGUAUUUGGAGAAAUAAAAAAUGAAAACGGGUUAAAUAAAAAAGCUGCGCUUUCAGGUAAAUAUAAUGAUAUAGAAAUUGAAGGAUCAGGAAAAGAUACCUAUAAUAAUAAUGUAAAUGAUAAAAAAAUAGGACCAAAUAUUGAUAUGGAAGUUGAGUCAUCUGCUAUUUCUACUGAUGAUGAGGAUGGUGAUGUUGUUGAGGAAGGUUCAGGUUAUGUUCCACCACAAGAAACUAAUAAAAAAGUAUCAAUUUCUUCUGUUCCCAUUACUCAUGAUGAGGAAGACAUUAGAAAUACAAGUAAAAAUAUUGAUUCAUUUAUUACAUCAUCAACACACAUUCCUGUAAUAAUAACAACAUCUCAACAAUCAAGUAUUAAAGAUAUUCAUGUUGAAGAAUCGACUAAAAAAGUUGAUACAACAACUGAGAAAUUACCUAAAGAUAUUAUUCAUGAAAUUCAUCCAGAUGAUAAUGAUGACAAUGACAUGGAUGACAGUGACGAUGACGAUGAUACAGAAGAUGACAUAAAAAUUGAAAAUAUUCUUGUUGAAGAUCCUAUUCAAGAAAUAUCAACUAAACCAACCACAACAACAACAUCUGUUGUUACAGAAAAGCCAUAUGUCAAAACAUCGGGAACUUCAAGACCAGAUAUUAAAACAACGAAGACACCAGUUAUUUACGAUGAUAUUGAACAAUUCUUUGCUUCUAUACAUAUUCUUACAAAACCAGGAUUCUUAGCAGUAAUUGUUGGUGGUUUAGUAAUUGGAAUCCUUGUUGUUAUUCUAUUCAUAAUGUUUAUUAUAUAUCGUAUGCGUAAAAAAGACGAGGGAAGUUAUGCAUUAGAUGAACCAUCACAACCGCCACAUUAUUCAUAUGCUUAUCAAAAGGCUCCAACAAAAGAAUUUUAUGCUUAA